AUGGACGAGAGGCAGGUUAUUCGAAAACUUGAUACCGGCCAAGCUCUUGAGAAACUCAAGAAGCUUAUAACAGAAGGCAAGGAAUCCCUUGAAUCUGUGCUGGAAUUAGAUGUUUCUUAUCAAUAUUUGUACAGGACAGCUUCUGAUUUUAAACAAAGUGAUUUAGUUGAAUAG